GUUUACAAAAGAUACUGCCAGGUUCAAGGAUGAAUUAGAUAUUAUGAAGUUCAUUUGCAAAGAUUUUUGGACAACGGUAUUCAAAAAACAAAUAGAUAACCUAAGGACUAAUCAUCAGGGUAUUUAUGUCCUUCAAGACAAUAAAUUUCGUCUCUUGACACAAAUGUCUGCAGGAAAGCAAUAUUUAGAACAUGCACCAAAGUAUUUAGCAUUUACCUGUGGACUAAUCAGAGGCGGCCUAUCGAAUUUGGGAAUAAAGAGUAUUGUAACAGCUGAAGUUUCAUCAAUGCCUGCAUGUAAAUUUCAGGUGAUGAUACAGAAGAUGUAGAGCACGUUCAGAUCUGGAUAUCUACCUUAAAAAUCCUUUGUGUGUGGAUUCGGUAUCUUGGUUCAGCUUUGUAUGUAGCUUGUGAAUUAUAGCAGUGUGCAGCACAAUUCCAAAACAUAUAAUAAAUGUUUAUCCAAAUAACU